GAUCAGUUUUUUAAAUUUCUAUGCAAAACAAACAAACUAAAAAUUAUGAAAUGCAAGUUUUCUUUGUGUUAAAAUGUUACUUACUUAAAAUACCCAAACAUGGAACGAAAGGUAAAUAAUAAAACCACAAAUAAAUAAAUAAAUAAAUCGCUGUCUACUUCCUGGUGUUGUUCAUUCGCAGGAGAGAUGCUAGCGGAUCGGGUUAUGUUUACGUCGGUGCUAACACUGGAAAUAAUGUAUCGUUUGUAGCCUGUCAGGUUUGACGGACGCGUGUUUUAUCAUGCGUUUUAUUGCGAUUGACGAUAUAUUUUAACACGCUACCAUCAAUGUCAGCUCACGUGAACGCGUUAUCGCGGUCAGAUAACAAUCCGGUUAUCUCUAUGUUUAUAACAGGCUGUUAACGUUGAAUCGUAGAAUCGAGAUAUCUUCAAGGAAAAAAUAGAAGCAAGUCAAAUUGCUUGGGUUUUUUCAAUGUGCUUUUCCUAUAACAUUGUUGUUUCUAUCGUGGAAGAUCUGAAAAUCACCGAUGGCGUCAAAAUCAAGGGUCUCCAUUCUGGAUUACUUCAAUAUCGUCUGUGAGGGGGAAAAUGGCAAAAUUGAAUCAAACUGCAAAGCUUGUGGCACACGGAUUCAGGCUAAACGGACAGUCACUUCUAACUUUGUUACACAUUUAAAGCGCAAACAUCAAGCCAUGUAUGACGAGUUUGUAAGAAAAAAGGAUGUAAAAAGAGAGGCAAUGCAGACGUGUGCUGGCCCUCCAACAGGUCGGGUAAUCCCUCAAAGUGGCACUGGGUUGAACAAAUUUGAUUACAGUGACCCACGUCAAUCCCUCAUCUCAGAAGCCAUCGCCAAGAUGAUCAUCCGGGACCUUCAGCCGGCACAGAUUGUAGAAUAUGAAGGUUUUCGUGAGCUGCUCCAGCUCCUGGAGCCCCGUUACACGCCGAUACCCUGUCAUUACAUCCAACAGCAGCUUCUGCCAGCCUAUGUCUCUCAGGUGCAGCAAGCUGCCAAACAGGCCCUCAAAGGCGCAGAAUCCUGCAGCGUGACUCUUGACACUUUGAGUGUUAAUUGUGGGUAUCUUGGAGUGACUUGUCAUUUCAUAAAUACUGAUUGUAAUAUUAGAUCUGCGCUUUUGGCGUGCCUACCACUUCCAGGCCACAGCAACACCCAGCAGAUGCUCUCUGAGUUCGACGAGAUUUCCGAAUCCCAUGGAAUCUCCGGGAAAGUGUUCAGAGUUGUUGCCGACUCGUCGCCAUCUGAAAAAAGAUCAGCUUUUCGUCUUCCCGGAUUCCAUCUAAUGGGAAACGGUGAAGAAGAUGAGGAAGGGGAGGAUGAUAGUAGUGACGAAGAAGCCGUUGCAGGAGGAAUUAAGGAAGCUGUUAGUAGCAACGAGAACCACAAGUCUUUAGAUCACUGUCUUGGUCAAAGUAGGAUAGACUGUUUUGCUCGAUUAUUGGCUCAGUGUGUUAAGGAAGGAGUUUGCUCUUCCCCGCAGAUAUCGGUCCCUUUAAGCAAGGCCGCCCACCUUUACAACUAUGUUAAUGCUACGGUGGCUCCUGAGAAACUUCUUCACGUGUUUGGUUCGAGUAGUACUUUAGCAGGUGAGCAGGAAUCCUCAUCCACAGACAAGUAUUGGACCGCUCAAUUAAAAAUAAUGCGUCAAAUGGUGGAGUCGAUGGAUUUUCUUGAAGACAUCGUGGAUAGAAAUGAUUUAGUCCUCGGUAACUUAGAAAAAGCUGUGCUCCGGGAGCUGGUUGAGGUGCUUGAACCUUUCGAGGAGGCCUCGGACAUGGUCUCUGGAGACAAGCAUGUGUCCAUCAGCCUAGCCUUGCCAUGUGUAUUAGGUCUUCGCAAGCAUCUGGCAGAGGUCACUACUCAACAGUGUUCUGGGAUUGUGAUGGGAUUGUCUCAAGCCCUGGAGCGCAGGCUUGCUGGCAUUCUUGAAGACCCUCUUUUUGUGACAGCCACUACUCUUGACCCACAGUUCAAACUCUCCUGGAGCAGUGACACUGACUGGCACAAGCAGGUGCUGUUGGAGGAGGUUGGAAAGCAUACACAACCUUUGAGUCCACUUGAACAUCAUUCGGAAGCCCAGCCUUCACCGUCAAAACGCUGUAAGCUUUUCUCGUUUAUUAAACAGAGGCCGACCACUCAGGCCAAGACUGUUGAGCAGGAGCUGUCUACGUAUCUCCACGAGGAACCAACAGACGAGGAUCCACUGCAAUACUGGAAGCGAAAGUCCAUUGAUUUCCCCUUGCUCUCACAAGUAGCCAAGAAAGUUUUUACUGUACCAGCAACGACCACAUCGGUGGAUCAGAUUUUUAACCUGGUUAGCAAGACGCUCGGACCACAGCGAUGUCAAUAUAUGCCAAAAAACCUGGACACUUUGAUUUACUUAAAGGCUAACUAUAAAAUACUUUGGUCCUAAUGGCAAAGAAAGCUUUAAAGAAAGAUUUUUGUCAUGCUUAUUUCAAACCAAACACCUCAAAUGCAAAACGGAGGACGGUGCCUGAUAUGUAUCUGUUAGCAUAAAUGGCGUAGCUUUUAAAGGUGCCAGUGAAAGCAUUGAAAUAAUAUGUUAAAUUGUUCUUUUAUAUUUAUGUAGAAGGUAUGUUACUUUAUUAAGUGCAAAAAUGAUCCAGAAACGUUUUUACAUGUCCAUUUACAACCCAUGGAUUGGUUCUUUGAAUGAAAUGAUCUAUUUUUGCUAUUAUUUGGAAGGGUCAUGAAUAAUAUUGAGCUCUGCUCUGCGGCUCAUGCCAAUAGCUCACAUUAGUAAACUUGGGUUGGGGUGUACAUCUCGACUGUUACAUCGCAGUCUGUGUUGAGAUUGGCCUGUUUUCCAGCAGUCUUUUGUAUGCACAAGGUUUACUUUAGAAGGAGGAACAAAUGCGUUUGAGGCUCAUGAUAUGUCAUUACUAUGUACAGAACUCUUAUUAUUCAUCUCUGCCUAGGUAAAUACAGUUUUUUAUUCUAUGGCACCUUUAAAAUAGACAUUCCUUUUAUAUUAUGUAUAGUAGACUAGGCUUUAUUUAUGUAAGUAUUGGGUAACACAACAGUAACUUAGCAAGCAAUGAUUAGUAGUUCAUUUAGUGUCCAGUACAUUCAGACAUAUGAAUGUAGGGAUGAGUUUUGCACAGCCUAAUGUGGGGUUAUUUGUAACACGGACCUUUCACGUAGCUAAACAGGUUUGAGCGAUUUGUGCUUUUUUCACUCACUAGAUGCUAGGGCUGCGCAAUUACAUAAUCGCCAAAAGUCCCAAUUACAGUCCAUCUGUGCUCAUUUCUGUGCAUUUCGGUAGUAUGUUUGAGCACCAAAUACAGUGGUGAAUCAGAGAUGUUAAAAUGUACAAGUUGACCUACUAGCCAUUCGUUUUAGAAUUUUUACUAACCCUACUGAAAAAUCCAGCUAAAACCAGCAUAAGCUGGUGAGCUGAUUUUAGCCUGUCUCCCAGCUUGAUUUAAGCUGUUUUGCUGGUGUAGCAAGCUGGUUUAGAUGUGUUUUGGUCACUUUUUAAGCUGGACUCUAGCUGGAAGAUCAGCUGACCCACCAGCUUUGCCAGGCUGGGAGGACCAGCUUAAACCAGUUACUGCCACCUUAAACCAGCUACUAGUUGGAUUUUUCAGUAGGGAACAACAUAAUUCCCAUAAUUAUUUGUGAUUUACAUGAUAUUAUUUAAUUUUGGAUGUUUAGUAUUUGCCAUGCUGGUGCAUCACAGAAAGUUAAGAAAAACUUCAAUGUAAAAUCUAUUAAUCGACAAGAAUAAGUGCAAUUACAAUAUCAAGAUGAAUAAUCUGCAAUUAUGAUUUUUGUUAUAAUCGUGCAGCCCAACUAGACAUUUUUCACAUUACCCUUUAACUUGAGCAAAUAUAAAUUGUGACGCGUCAAUUUCGCAAAAGUUUUUACGCUGGGGUGAGGUGGUUCUUCUGGCAAUUUAUAAAAGGAAUAUAUCGCAGAAUUGAAAUGGAAACCUGACAUGCACAAUAGUAACACAUUCCUUCUUUAAAAAUGGCAUUGUAUGUUUUAUUGGAGGAUAAGACAGAAGAGGUGUGUUCGACUUUAUAUAGUGCUUGGCAAACCGGCAGGCGGAUGACAUCAAAAUACUGCAGGAGUGAUUUAAGAGUCGACUGCUAUGCCAUUCAAAUUGCACUCGCAUAUCAUGGUAACACUGUGGUUUCGCAGUGACAUUUGGAAGACAACACUAAAGUUUUUUACACAAACAUUUUUAUUACACAAAUACGAGCACUCAUUCAAUACCGAUCAGGAAGGUUUCGGAUACAGUGUAGUGUCAUACAGAAAGUCCUUUGAGUUUAGUUUAAUUCAGAUUUUUUUAUACAUUUUAAUUCCAAUAGUAUUUUGUAAUUUGUUUAUAUUUGCUUAUUCAGGCACAAAGGUCGCGUGUUUCACCACCUCCACUGUCACUGUCACAUUCAUCUGCUUCAUGUGAUGUUGAACAUGUAAAGUGAUGCACGGUCUGCGUUCAUCUGUUCUCUUCACAAAUAAAUACCUACAUUUUAACUUU